GGUUGGGUGAAUGGCAGGCUGGCUGCCUCCCCAGCAGCUACUGCCCACUAAUACAUUGGUCAAGCUGGCAAGCCGCCGCGCCACCCGCCCGCACUAGCCCACUCCGGAGUCCGGCCCUCGCCCUGCUCGCCGCAAUGCAUCACCGGUUCGCGGGCCUCGUGCCCACCGCCCGCCCCGCUCUGCCGCCGAUCCACGGCGGAGUCGUCGGCCGGAGCUAUCCGCCCGUCCACCGGUCCUUGGCGCUUCGCCUGGCGCCGUUUGCCUCCGCGUCUGUCCGACGCGCGUGCCGCCCCCUCGCCGUCUCCGCCCAAUCCACCAGCCUCCGGCCGGAGAAGUUUUUUGAAGUGGAGAUGAAGGUGCGCGACUAUGAAAUUGACCAGUAUGGUGUUGUCAACAAUGCAAUCUAUGCUAGCUACUGCCAACAUGGUCGUCACGAGCUGCUUGAGAGCGUAGGCAUCAGUGCAGAUGCAGUGGCGCGCAGUGGGGAAUCCCUGGCUCUCUCUGAGUUGAACCUCAAGUACUUUGCCCCUUUGAGGAGUGGCGAUAAGUUUGUUGUUAAGGUGAGGCUUGCAGGCAUCAAAGGUGUACGGAUGAUAUUCGACCACAUCAUUACAAAACUGCCUAAUCAUGAGCUAAUUCUGGAGGCAAAGGCAACGGCUGUUUGCCUGAACAAAGACUACUAUCCUACCCGUAUUCCUCGUGAACUAUUGUCCAAGAUGCAGCUCUUCUUACCCGUGGACAGCAGAGGGUCAAAUGAAGACGUUAAUAAUCGGAAUAACAGCUGCAACUAAUUCUGGAGGCAAAGACAAGGGCUGUUUGUUCGAACUGAAGACUACCAUCUCAUCUCCAAAACUGUUUAUGUCAUCCAAGCUGCAGCUCCUCAUCGAAGAAUAUAGUAGAAUCCCUCCGUUCUUUUUUAUUUGUCGUGGUUUAGUUCAAAAAUGAACUAGCGGACAAUAAAUAUUCGAGAACGGAUGUAGUAGAAUCUAGUCUUGGAGACUGGCGGCUGCUUGGUCCUGCAGUGCCAACGAAAACCACCUAUGUAUCUCCAUCUCAGGAGCGCUGUCAUAGAAGAGCACAGUCCAUCUUCAUUCUUUGUAACUGUUCACCCGAAACAUUUGAUCCGUUACUGCAGUCGUUUGGUACAGAAAGCUCUUCUUGCUCUGGAGGAAUAAUAUGUGCUAUGUAC